AGAUGGCGGCCUCCCUGAGAUGGUUGUGUGUUCUGCUGCUCGGCUCAUGUUUGAUUUGUGUUUUAUCGUUGGAGAAUGAAGAAAAAACGAAAAAGAAGAAGAAGGACAUCAGAGAUUACAAUGACGCAGAUAUGGCUCGGCUCCUGGAACAGUGGGAGAAGGAUGACGACAUUGAAGAAGGAGAUCUUCCCGAGCACAGACGCUCUCCGCCACCCAUCGAUUUCUCCAAGGUGGAUGCGUCCAAACCAGAAGAGCUUCUGAAGAUGUCAAAGAAAGGCCGGACCCUGAUGGUGUUUGCUACGGUGUCAGGAGAUCCCACGGAGAAGGAGACAGAGGAGAUCACAGGACUGUGGCAGGGCAGCCUGUUCAACGCCAACUACGACAUUCAGAGGUUCGUCGUGGGUUCUAACCGGGUCAUCUUCAUGCUGCGGGACGGCAGUUUGGCCUGGGAGGUCCGAGACUUCCUGGUGGCUCAGGAGCGUUGUGCAGAUGUGACGGUGGAGGGCCAGGUGUUUCCAGGGAGGGCUGCCGGCAACGACGGAACCAAAUCCAAACAGCAAAGCAACGGAACCAAGAAAAAGGCCAAGAAGGUGGAGAACAAGAAGCCCGACCUGCAGGGUAACAGCGCCUCUCCUCUGAAGCAGGAGCUGUGAGAGACUGCAGGAGGUUCUGGACGUGUUCUGAUGGACUUACACAUCCCGUUUCUUCCAGCCAAUAAGUGAGGCUCUGUAGGAUCACAUGGACAUUCAUCAGUGGUUCUGCUGAACCCAAGCAGUUAUUGAUUGUUGAAAUAAUCAGUGUUUCAUAGCACAUUAUUAUUAUUUACUAAGAUCUUGUUCUCAGGCCCUGUUGGUCCCGAGGAAACAGCUUCAUCUGAUCCAGACUUUCUGCUGCGGGUUCUUUGAUUGUCUGUUAAAUUGUUUUUCACGGAA